AUGACACUUCUCGAAGUUGUGGUGAUGACGAUGGUUGCUACUGUUACCAACCGCUGCUGCCACGACUACUACGACUACCACACUAAGCUCCUGGGCCUCAGGACCUGGGCCAAGGACGCCCCGAAGACCAUGAGAGGAAACAUCGAAGCCAAGCUGGGCAGCUACGGCCAAGUGAUGCACAAGCGCAUGCACGUCGUCGAAGGUCCCCGCGCAGGUGGAGUGAAGGACACGAACAUGGUGCAAAGUGCAUGCAGCCUCUGGAUGAAGGACGCGGGCAGCGCCGGCAGGGCUGCUGAGGCCAUGCUUGUCGCCGCUGUCUUUGCCACAGACUUGUCGGUAAAGGCGGGCGUGCCAGUCCUUGUGCUCGGCCGACCUCCCGGCCACCACGCCACCUGCGGCCACGACCUUCGGCUUGGCGACACCUGGCGGGCUCCCUGCGGACAGCUUCCAGGCGCCAGCUUGGGCGGCGGCUGCUUCUACCCCUCCGUGUGGCUCGCCGCGCUGCACAGCCUCCGCAAGGGUCAUGCAAAGCGACUGGCAUAUGUCGACAUCGACGCGCACAUGCCCGACGGAGUUUGGAAGGAGGUCGAUCACUUCUCAAAGCUCAAGAAGGAUCAGCGCGACUUCCUCAUUGGCAAGCGCAACUCCUGCACAGGUAUCCUGUUUUCUUCCAUCCACAUCGAUGGCUAUCCGAACCAGGGCUCCAGCUGGCACUCGGUGAAGCAGAACCUCAAGAGGUCCUUCGAGGUUCGAGUGAGGGACACCCUUCUGCCUCGGAGUGUUACACAAGGCACGGCGAGCAGCGCCAACCAAGGGCUGAUCACAAGAUAUCAGCGGUGGUGCAAUACUCUUGACAAGGAGAUGACGAGCUUCCAACCCGACGGGCUCUUCGUCGGCCUGGGCUUCGAUCUCCACCAGAAGGAGGCAGAGAUCUCCGAUAAGAAGGUCGGCCGCGGGAUCUCCCGGGUUCACUACGAGGCCUUCUUCGCCAACUUCACCAGGCUGCCGGAGAAGGCCCCGAUGGUUCUCAUGCUCGAGGGCGGCUACACCAAGCAAGGUGUGGAGGAUGGGAUCCUUGGCACUCUGCAAGGCCUCAAGGUCCUGGCUCAGAGGAAGGGCGCGAAGAAGAGGCAGCAAAGCCAACCCAACAAUCACAAGGCCCCGAAAAAACGGCGCACCGCUUGA